AUGGCUGGCCUCGUAUUAUUUUCGUUUGUAAACUGUGAUGGGGCCUACGAGGUUUUUUGGCGGAGUGUAGAUAGCCUUGUUGCUCGACUGGAUGAGAUUAUGGAUUCUCUGACGCAUAAUCCUGCCGGCCUGAAGCUAAACGAACCGGUCAACACAGCUCUCGCCAGUUUCUUCCAGUACCACAUACAUCUCUGGAAAACAUUCAUGAUGUUCUCACGUUAUCGUACCAUCUGGUACGUUUUGUAUGGCUCCUCAUGUCUGGGUCUAUCAGUUUGCUGUGCCCUGUUCGCCGACUUCGUUUCGUUGCUCACAUUGCACAUCGUCUGCUUUGAUGUCUAUGCUUCACGGUAA